AUGUCUUUUAUUAUCAAUGAGAAUAGUGCAAAUCCGCAAAAUGUUUCUUUAAUCUAUCCAGUGUUUGCAAAUCGAUUGUCAAUGUCAGUACUGCCAGCAAGGAUACUUACAUUGGUCCUGUCUUUCUUGCCACCAAUGGAUAGAAUUCGAUUAGAAAGAGUAAACAAAAGCUUUUUGGAAUCGUCCAUUGAGACUUGGAAAUGGAACCACACAUUGUCAUUCGCAAGUGAUAGUGGUUUUGGAUGCACUUUCUCACCACUAAAUCCCCUUCGAAAUACUCAUCUGAAGGCGCUUUUGUCUCGUUGUGGUAUACAUUUGAAGUGUUUGGAUUUAUCCGGAGUGGUACAUUUGCUGGAUGAGCAAGCCUUUCACAUUAUUUCAUGUUUAUGUCCAAAUUUAGAAGAGGUAAAUUUAUCGGGACUCGGUGGUCACUGGCAAGCAGUGCGUACGUUUGGUGAACCAUUAACGAAUUUGCGGUCCGUUACAUACAGAGAUAUGAUAGAUGUGAGUGAUAAGACAAUAUGGUAUUUGUUCAAGCCAUUAGGUAUGAAUAUGCGUGAAGUUGAUCUUCGAGGUUGUCGACGAUUCAAAGGUCGUUGCUUCCGACUGUUUGGAGGUUCUUUGGAAAAGAUUUUACUUGAUGGUUGCUGUCGUCUGGAUAAACAGUCACUUGAAGAACUGUGUCUUAAUUCACCGAAUAUAACUGAACUUCGAUUAAGUUCCUGCCAACUGGUUUCUGAUGAUAUACUCAGUUUGAUAUCGAGAAGCUUAAUAUAUUUAAAGUCGUUUGCUUUGUGUGGUGACUGUUUCCCGAACUUAACUUCAGUGGGUCUAAUAGCUUUGUCACGACUGCAUUAUCUCUGCGAGCUGUCGUUAGAUUACAAUUCAGCUGUGUCGGAUGAAGUACUGGAAGAAAUAACUGAUAAUCUUCCGCAUCUUCACCAUCUUAGUCUGGCAUAUGCUGGCUCCGAUACAACGAUAACCGAAGAAGUUGUUAUGAAGAUUGGAAAAUUAAAAGAACUUCAAACACUUGAUGUUAGUUCGCUAGCAGCGAUAACAGAUAGCUCUCUGUCGACAAUUGUUUGCGGUUGUUUAAAGCUAGAGAUUAUUCGAACCCGUUGUUGCACAUAUUUGGGUAAUGAAGGUGUUUGUUCGUUAACGACGCUGAAAAAUUUGGAGCAUGUUGAUCUGAGUGGUUGUCUUCUUGUAACUUCAAAUGGCAUUCAAGCGUUACUUGAUGCUUUUCCAACAUCUGAACAUUCUCAGAAACAGAAGAUGAUCACAGUGGUUAUUGGAGGAACAAUAUGUAAUGUUCAAUCCUUACGCCAACGUAAUAAUAGUCGUGUGAUACUGGAUACAAGCGAUUAUAGUGUUUCAUGUAGUAAUACAGCAAACGAACUUUUUCCUCUUAGCUUUCUUGAUACGAGGAAUAAUUCGGGUGAAAGUUCAGAUGAUGAGUUCGAUGCAUUGACUACUCACCGUUCAUUUAUAAUAGAUGCUUUGCGCGACGUGGAAGAUGAUUCACCAAUGGAAACACAAGAAUCGAUUGAUGAAUGGGCUGAACGUGAAGCUCUCGAUUUAGGCCUUAUAACUAAGUGAAUCAUUUUAGAAUUUGGAAAGCCCUGUUAAGCCUGUUUUACGAGAG